AUGAAUACUGAAAAGAAGUGCGCGUGUUACAGCAUCCGAUAUCAGACCCACCUCGGAGGCAGUACGGUGGUAGCCGAGGGUGUAAUAGGCGGCAUAGGGGGCCCAGGCGGCGGGUGCCGCGCAUCAUCGAUGACGAUGGCGGAGAGCGUGGUGGAGGACACUCCCCCAGGCCCGGCGAAACCGCCGCCGGCCUGCACCAACAACAACACCCUAUCAGCGACCGCGAACCGGAACCACCGGUUCCGCAAGCGCAAGUGCCUAACCCAGGUCCUUGACGCUUUGCAGGCGCACAAGGGCUCCAUCGAGGAGUCCGAGAACAACAACCAGCCCCUGCACCUGGAGUCAACCUCCCUGGAGGACCAGGACCCAGACCACGACCAGGACCAUGACCAGGACGACAUCUUCAGCUCCCCCAGAUCUUCCUCCAGGGCCUCCCGGGCCUCCACAGAGAACAACCUGUCCCUGACCGACAAGCGCCUGAAAGUCGAACCCCUGGAGUCGCCCCUGCACACGCCCUCCGACGAAGAGUCCUCCCCCUCGCCUGCGAUUGGUGGGGGCCUUCACCUGCAACGACACCUCCCGAACCUCCCGAACCACCCCAACCAUCACAACCAUCACAACAAUCACAACCAUCACAACCACCACCACAACCAUCAACAAUACUCUUUCCGCGCUCCCCAUUUAACUUCAGCGAACUAUCGCGGGUGCGCGUGCUUAAGUUGCACCUCCCCCAACAUAAUUCUUCCGUCCCCGACGUCUCCCCAAGCGCCCCUGACGCCCCUAACCCCUGUAUCGAGCACCCCAACGAAUAUUACGCCCUUGACACCUGUAACUCCUUCGUCGUACACCUUCGAGCAUUACCUGCACACAAAGUACCUGCCAAUUGACGCGACAAGCGAACGCAAGGACGUGGAAGUACCUGGCGGCUGGAUCGACCAAAAGCCUCUUUUGCUCUGGCCAACCUCCCGACAAAAUGGCGCCUUGGAAAGCGACGCUAAAUCCAACCAAUCCAACAACCCCAACCCGAAUUCCUUCCAGGAAUUCCCUUUGGACUUGUCGAUGAAGAACUGCAAUUCUGCAACGACUGAAAUCGUCGGACGACCAGGAGGCCUCCAACUUCUGCCCUCCAGUGUGGGCUCCAGGGGCGCCUUGACCUUCCCGGUAAUUCGUGGUGAUGUUGCCAGUCCUACGACUAAGGAAAGCGUCGCGUUCAGGUUUAAUAUUGAGGUGUCGCCUGUGGUGGAAGAAAUGCCUCCUGGAACUGAUCUGGCUUAUGUUUGUCCGGCCUGCGGGCAGAUGUUCAGCCUCCACGACAGGUUGGCCAAGCACAUGGCUUCUAGGCAUAAAAGACAAGGCGCCAAAGACGCCACUGCCAAGGCCUACUCCUGCGAUGUCUGCAACAGGAGUUUCGCGAGGUCUGAUAUGCUUACCAGACACAUGAGGCUGCAUACGGGCGUCAAGCCUUACACGUGCAGGGUCUGCGGGCAGGUGUUCAGCAGGUCUGAUCAUCUUAGCACUCAUCAGAGGACUCAUACCGGUGAGAAGCCUUAUAAGUGUCCUCAGUGUGUUUAUGCGGCUUGUAGGAGGGAUAUGAUCACAAGGCAUCUCAGGACUCAUGCGAGGUAUGUUGAUGGGCAGAAUAACAAGUGCGAAGCUGGCCAGGAGAAUGAUAGUUCCGGGUUUACGGCGAUCAAUGCGCUAGCUGGGGUUAAGACAGAGUGA